AUGAAGCGCACAUUUGUUGGAGUAUGCGAUGAAGAAAUUCCGCUUUCUAACAGUACCACAUGGCAGUUGAACAAGCUUGGUGGAUACCCGGACUGGAUGUACUCUGAUUGCAACUACCCACCAUGCAAUGUAUGUGGUGAUCCACUCUAUCAUGUCGCACAGAUGUACUGCCCUCUAGAGGCGUCAUCAUACCAUAGGACUCUCUACAUCUUCACGUGUGUGACAAAAUCCUGCAUAAACAAGAAAGAAAGUUGGAGGGUCUUUCGCAGUCAACUCCUUCUUUCACACAUUGCAAGUUCCAAACAAGUCACUAAAAAGAGUCCAAAAGUGGUCGCUAUGGUGAUGGAUGAGUGGUGUGAGGAUGCAGAUGACUGGGGCAGUGAACCAGAAGAGGAAAUUCACAACGAGCACGUCAAGUCAUCAGCAUCAAAUGACGCUCAAGACAAAGGGGGUACCAAACCAUCAAUACGAUGUCAUCCAUCAGGUGAUGCGGUUGCUAUGGCAAUGGAUGAGUGGUGUGAGGAUGCAGAUGACUGGGGCAGCAAAUCAAAGAAGGAAAGUCACAAUGAGCAAAUCAUACCAUCCGCAUCAAAUGGCGCUCACGACAGAGGGGGUGCCAAACCAUCACUAGAAUGUCAUCCAUCAGGUGAUGCAGUUCCUAUGGUGACCCGACUUUUACAGGAUUCUACAUCCAAUGAUGAAAUUCUGACUAGGGCAACUGCAAAGCUUGCAGGCCAAGAUUUAGAUGAGGACACAGUGAAAGAACAAUCGGAAGAUGUUGAUCCAAGUGAUGCUAUGACAAGACUUUCAAUCAGUACUCCAAGUACACAACAAACUUCAAAAGAUUCGAACUCAGUUUUGUCUAGAUCCAGGCAUCACGCAUUCACAGGCUACUUUGUGAAUGUCUUUGAUGAGCCGUCUCCAUGCACAUCAGUUACUGAAUUGACCAAUCAUGAGAGAGAGUUAAUUGCUGACUACCAGCAGAGGGAGGGAGUGGACUUGUUGGAAUGGCAGGAGGAACACCUACAAAUGAUGAGCAAAGUCUCAUCUUGUGAGGAAAGUUACGAGAAGACAUCAGCAAAACACGGAGACAAAGUCUUCCAGAGAUUUGCAAAGAGGCUUCAGCUUUGUCCAGAGCAAUGCAUACGAUACAGCUGGAAUGGGACUCCAUUGUACCUGACAUCACCAAGCGAGGGCACUCUUAUCCCAUCUUGUCCGCAUUGUGGAAGCCAACGAGUCUUUGAGGUGCAGUUAAUGCCUCAACUCAUCAACGCACUGCAUGAUGCAGAUCAGCCAGGUAUUCAGAUUGAGUUUGGAGUUGUGAUUAUCUACACCUGCAAAGCAAACUGUUGGGAUGAUCCCUGUCAGCCUGGUCAACUCAACCUGAGAGAAGAAUAUGUAGAAUUCCAAGUUGAUCCCGAUAGCACACUGAUUGCAAAGUCCAAAUUUGAAUAUUGAAUAAUGCUCUUUUUGCCAAAUUUUGUUCUUAUGAAAAGAAAUACAUGUAUAUAAAAGAACAUUUCGACCAAAAUUUGGGGUAAGAAAAUAGAAAAUGUUUUGGGGAGUCCAAUAUAAAAAAAAUGUUGCCUAAAUCUUCAACCAUUUUUUGGAGAGUGAAUACUGAUUGAUGCACCUCUGGCCUCCAAGGGAAUUUCUGCAUUGUUUGGAGAACACAUUAAUUUUAACAAAAUUUUAUUUGAAAUGUAAUGUUAACCCCUGGCUGUUUUUUUAAUUAAAUUUUUGCCGCAAAAUGAAAUGUUUUGAAACUUGCAGGGAAGAUGCCUAAAGGAACAAACAUUCCAAAAUAUAAAUUUUUCUAUCCACAAAUUGACAGCUUCCCCCAAAUCUUCUAAAUUUUGGGAGUGUAGGUAUUAAUUGAUGCUCCUUUCCCAAGGCAAUUCCUGUAUUGUUUGGGGUAAAGACAAAUGUUGGCACAUUUUAUUACAAAUGUGAGGUUAACCCCUUGCAUUUUUUUUAUCAACAAAGUUGGCAAUAAAAAUGUACAAUCGAGACAUGCUGUCAUCAAUUUUUAACUCCAACUCGGCAUCAUUUACAGGAAUUGUAACCUUUAAGUGACAUAUUACAAACAAUUUAAAAUGUAUUGAAUAAACCAAACAUUGAGGAAAUACUUCA